UGCACACAGCUGAAAACAACAUAAAAGUGAUCUGUCAUUCAGUAGGCGGUCGUAAGCCCAUCAAUACACUACAUGUUUAAGACGAGACGACUACCUUGCGUUUAAGACAAGGAUAUAGAAAAAAGGAUCGCCGGACUUAUUUGGAUAUCCAGAUUUAUUUGAAAGACAUCGUCGCUCGACCGAGACAAACGAGCGCUAAAAAUAAACCUGUUGGGUGAGAAGGAAAAUCUAGCGAUUAAUAAGCAGACAGGUUUGAAUACGUAUGUGACUGGUUGUGAAGCGAAAAUGUUCCCAAUACAAAUAUCGGAGAGUGUGGCAGUCGUACAACUGCCUAACUACGAGGAGAGGACUGUCUCAAGCGCCAUCGACAUCUCGUCCAUGCGGAGGUUCAACGACAAGGUGAAUUUGGCUCCCGUGUUAGCUCCGGUGCAUUUUGCAGACACAAUGAUCUGUUAUAAGGACUCAACGAGGAAGCGAUACGUGAGUAAGACUUUCUACGAGCCGCGUGUGAAACCGCGACAGUUUUCAGAUACGAUUUUCAUUUACCCGAAACGACCCGAGAAAUCAUACGUAUCAUUAUUAGACUACCAUAUUGAUGAGUGUCGAAAAUGGUUCAAAACCUGUGUGGAAUUCAAAGCCAAGACCUACACGACUACAAAACUGGAUAUUCUUAGCAACAAGAGACAGGACGUUCUAGUGAAUGGACUUACCGUGGACCAUAAUGCCAAUAAUGUAAAACCCGGACCAGGAGCAUCUCAUAUAUUUUUACCUCGAUUUUUACCCAAGGAGGACGAUGAUAAUCUCAAUGCAUAUGAACAAAUAAUCCAGCUUAAACAACCCGAUGUUAAUAUGAAUGAACGUAUAAAUGGACUCUGAUAGAAAUAUUUAAUUAAUCCAGAAAUUAUUAAUUAAUCAUGCAUAAUAUUUUAAUAUAUGCAAAUAUAUUCAUAUUCGGAUGGGAUAAUUUAAUAUAUGCAUAUAGAGAUGUUGUGAUAUGGGAUACAUAUAAUGCUAAUGAACGUAAUUGAUGCAUAUAUAGCGAUGCUACGAUGUGGGAUAUCUAUAGCGUUAAUAAUAACAAUAUGUAGCCUACCAUGGUACCAUGAUGAAGUGGGAUAUAUGUAACGUUAAUAAUAACAAUAUGCAAUGCUAAUGAAUUUAAUUGAUGUGAAGAUGAUGUUAUGUGGGAUACGUGUAACGUUAAUAAUAACAAUAUGCACUGUUAAUGAAUGUAAUGGAUGCGAUAUGGGAUACGUGUAGCGUUAAUAAUAACAAUAUGUAGUAACUGCUACCAUGGUACCAUGAUGAAAUAUGUAACGUUAAUAAUAACAAUAUGCACUGUUAAUGAAUGUAAUGGAUGCGAUGUGGGAUACUCGUAGCGUUAUUAAUAACAAUAUGUAGUAACUGCUACCAUGGUACCAUGAUGAAAUAUGUAACGUUAAUAAUAACAAUAUGUAGUAACUGCUACCAUGGUACCAUGAUGAAAUAUGUAACGUUAAUAAUAACAAUAUGCACUGCUAAUGAAUUUAAAUGAUGUCAAGAUGAUGUGAUGUGGGAUACGUGUGACGUUAAUAAUAACAAUACACACUGCUAAUGAAUGUAAUGAUGUCAAGAUGAUGUUAUGUGGGAUACGUGUGACGUUAAUAAUAACAAUAUGCACUGUUAAUGAAAUCAAUGGAUGCGAUAUGGGAUACGUGUAGCGUUAAUAAUAACAAUAUGUACUGCUAAUAUAAGAAUUUAAUUAAAUGGAAAAUAUACUCCUGAUAUAAUAAUUGAAUGGAUACAUAUGACGAUGUUCCGAUGUGUAAUACGUGUAGCGUUAUUAUGCACUGCUGAGAUAAUAAAUUAAUUAAAUGGAAAAUAUGCAAGGAACGUAACAAUAUGCAAAUAUCACAAAGUGAAUAGGUACAGAACAAAAGACCGUGAGACCAUGUCAUGGGAAAUAUGUUACAUUAAUAAUAGUUUCAGUGAUAGAGGUGUUAUUAAUGGGAUCCAAUAUAAUGGAGACAUAUGGCCACCUGGUUGGUUAUUAUUGAUAAUGUUUACAGUUAUUAGGGAAUCGAUUGAAUUAUGGAUUAAUAACAACAGCUUGAUUUAUAUAGAGUGUGACAGGGCGAUCUGUGUGUGUGUGUGUGUGUGUGUGUGUGAGAGAGAGAGAGAGAGAGAGAGAGAGAGAGAGAGAGAGAGGGAGAGAGGGGGGGGGGUAACGACCACUCCACACAAGCAUUCUCAGAUUUAAGUUAAGAAUUUACUCAACUUUCAAUCACUGUUUAUAAGAAAUAUCUUUAAUCUAGAGACACAAAACUUCUUAUUCAUGUAUUUGAUACAUUAAAACAGCAAAGGUUUUAUAAAGGGCUAUAUUUUAGUUUAAAUAAGGCGAAAAAAUUUGACUAAACUCUUAACUUAAGUCUGAGAACGUUUUGUGAGAGAUAUUAGUACAUACUGUCUUUAUUUUAUAAAUGGUAUCCGCGGUGGCUCAGUGUAGUUUGAUGUAGUCACAAUACAACACAGACCGAGAGAGAGAGAGAGAGAGGGAGAGAGAGAGAUGUAUUUAUUGUGAUAUGCAUACUAACUUGAAAUAUAGGUAAGGUUGGCCACUCUUGUAGAAUUAGAUAAUGUUAUGUUAUUGUUUUAAUAAUGGAUGAAGCAUAAUUAAUUUCUUUAUAUUCGUUUUCCUAGAUUAGUCCCUUUUCGUAACGGUUCAUUAACAUUUAUAUGAAUAACUAAAGGUUUAACCCCCCGAACCAGAAGUAGUUUAAUUCCUAGCCCGAUAUGGUAGUGCAACGUCACCGGGAUGUCACUCUUCGGAUCAAGCAGUCCUUAUAUACCCCAAAUUCAGCCUCAGGGCAGCUCUAGUAUAGCCGCCAACAUCGAACAGACAGACAAAUAUAUGACUUUAAUGUAAUUUUUGUUUAAAUGUAAUUUUCUAAGUCAGCAUAUUUUGAAUAAAUAAGCAUGACAAGCAUAACUGGAUAGUAUGGCGGCCAUUAUAGAAUCGUUAUGUUAUUGUUUUAAUGGAUAAUUGUAUCAUGUUUUUCCUACAUUAGUGUAACGAAAUGGGGUUUAACGUCCUACUUUUCUGCACCAACCGGGAUAUUGAAAAUGGGCAUGUACCAUACAGUAUGCUGUCCUUCUCGUUCAACUGUCAAGGGCUCUUUUACACGUGCACGGGACCUGCACCGCUGACCAGGGGAUACAGAAAACGCUGCCUGACCAACACCGGGGUCGAACUCGGACCGUUCUAGUUAGUGGACCAGCGCCUUACUCACAAUGACUACCCAAUUAUUACAUAACAGAGAGAGAGAGAGGGGUUAUUUCGGGACUAACCUAAUAUACGGCUCUAUUUUAUUUCAAUAAUUCGCUUGGCGUAGGGGUCUUUAGCAGUGGGAGGGAACCGGAGACCCCCCCCCCUCCACGAGGUUGGGCAGGCGACCCUACUCCUUGUCAAAUUCUUACAUUAGUGGUGGUAUAUUCAACAAAUAUUUGAAAACUAGCCCAGAGUUAUUUCAAUUCACAAAUAAACAUCCAGUGAUUUCCCACCGUUUCGUAGUUUCUUAAACUGUAGUAGUCAAUUAAAUUACCCAUAAACACAUUUUAGACCUUUAUAAAGACAUUGUUUAAACAUCUAUUUAAGUAUCGCCUUGUGUUUACUGUGUGGUGGCUCUUCUUAAUGUCACUAACGGACGGUGACCGACAUACAUCUUUCUAAUUUUUCACUUUAGAGAAACAGCUUUCCGAAACGAAACGAUCUAAGAAGUAUACAAAUCCGUUGAAGUAUUGCCUUGUAUUCACUGUGUGGUGGUUCUUCUUCUUAAUGUCACAAAUGGACGAUGACUGACAUACAUUUUUCUAAUUUGCCACUUUUGAGAAACAGUUUUCCGAAACGAAAUAACACGUAAUUCUAUUGUAUGGAUAUUUUAUAAUGAUUUGGACCAAGAAUCAGUCCCGUUGCUAGGAACAAGUCUGCCUUAAUCGUUAUUAGAAGAACGUAGAACGCGCUUGGUAAUCGUAUUCUUGGGAACACCUGGUUCGAAAAAAAGACUAAGGCUGUGCUAAUUCGUUUUCGACGUGGUUUCCCCUUGUCUGUGAUGUAGGACAGAGGAAAAUUGUCUAGUCAUUCAGAUUUGACGAAAAACCGAGGUUCCGUGUAGGCUACACAUUGACGUCUACGCAAAGAUCCCUUGGCAGUUGGUAUUCGAUAUAAGAGUAGGCCGUAGUGCUGCUGCCCAGGCAAAAUUUCCCUCAUAGCACACUGCAUGGCGUACGCCCGUCUUUAUUAACCCAGUCGGAGCAGAACAGUAGGACCUUAAACCCCAUUUCAUUUCAUUUCAUUUCUGCUAAUUCGUCGACAUGAAACAUGGCAUGCUUGUUCGUUGGACUAAUGCGCAUCGAUUCACCGACUUCGAUUUUUGACGUCAUAAUUCUAAGAUGACUGCGAUGACGUAAUUUCUUGUUCAUGUUGUACGCUUGUAGCCUAUAUACUUGUUAACAAUAUGUCUUGCAUAUUAUGACGCAUUUCAUUUCUCAACUGAACCGUGAUCAAAUUGAUAAAAUAUCGAUUUGAUUAAAGUGUUAUUUUAGAUAACGGAAAGCAUAAUUGCAUAAUGCAUUUCUAUGGUCGCUCACUUCUUCAUCAGCCCAGUCAUUGAGUCAAAUGGCGUGACUUCGAUUCCCCGGUUGUAUGUGAUAAGGAGUUGGGUCGCUAGUUUUUGACGUUUAGACCCAAUCUCUCUCUCUCUCUCUCUCUCUCUCUCUGUUGCAGAAACGAAGGAUGUUAAAUCCCAUUUCAUUUCAUUUUAUUUUCCAUUGGGGUAAAAUGCCCACCUUAAAAAGUAAACAAUUCUAAGAGAAACCAUGAACUAUUUUGUGUUUCGUAUUUAUUAGGACCAUAAGGUGCCAUUUUGAUCUUAUUGCUAUGACGACCAUAUUAUCAAUAAUCAUCCCCAAAUUGCUCAUAUCCGCUGAUUAUCAUUUUUAUAUAGCUAUUUGUUUUGAUACUAGCAACUUUAAACUUUUAUAUUAGAUUUUAAUGAUUUACUCGACCUUUUACGUUUGAAGAGUCCAGGGGAAGAACGAUCUACGUCACAUUUUUGUCUUUUCGCAUAAAAGGCAAAACAGACUUUGGACGAGAAUGUUUGACGCGAACAGAACAACGAGUGGGUUUAAUUACAACUUCAAAAUGAUGUUCAAUACGAAUCAUAAUUACCAGUACAAUAACUACUUCCACUUUUCAGCCAAAUUAAGGUCAAAUAAAUACGGUGGAUUUGUAUUUGUUCGGGAGGCCAUUUCAGAAGGGCCUUGGUUCGAUGUGACCCUGAUCGUUUUUACCUGAAAUUGAUUGUUCCACAGAAAGCUUAUCGUCGGUAAAGUGUCAAAAGGGUGUAUCUAAGAAUUUCUAAAGAUUAAGAAAUAGAACCUUUUGCAUUUCAAAAUUUCCACAAAUCAAGAUACAACAUUUGGACACAUGAUACCCAGAACAGAUCUAAUAAAUGGCGUAGAGAUACACAGCUUAGACAGAAAUGUGCAUAUUAAUUGGGAGAUUUUAAAAAUGCAAAAAAGUGUAUUGGACCAAUUUCCCGAGAUACACCCUUUUGACACUUCACCGAUGUUAUACAAUUUGCUACCAGAUGGCGCCAUUAACUGGGGUUCGUUGAAAAAAGUGACUUAGCUCGUUCUUCCCCAGGGCUCUUCAUUUGAUUUUGUUUAAUCUUUAACUGUAUUAUUAGACAUGUAGUUUCUAUUACGUGUGUUGUAUUAGGCCUUGUAGGUUCUAUUACUUGUGUUACGUGGUCGUUCGCGAAGUAGGCCUAAGGCUCUGGAUUUUGUCUUAGAAUGUUUCUCACGAUAUCUUAGUGGUGCAUGACGAAGGAUCUGGCAAGAAAAACUUCCUAGUUGUUGGGAUGGGACGAAAACCGGGGUGGGUGGGGCAUUUGCAGCAACUGAAAGAUCCCUUCAAAAUUGUUGGAGGCUGUAGCGCCGCUGUCUUGGCAAAAAUCCUUUAUCAUAAAUUUGACUGAUGGUCAUGAAGAAAGACGUCAGUACAAAAUGUUGCUAUGCAAAAAAAAAACAAAAAAACCUUUAACAAUUUUUAGACUAAUAUUCCUGUCAGAGUUCCAAAUUUCACAAUGUAGUAUAUUCAAUAUAUAAACAACCAGUGGCUUUAAAAUAUUAGACUUUCAGCAACUAUAUAUAAAUUUAUCGAUAGAUAUACUACUUUUGAAUUUAAACUUAAAUUUGAUAUUCAAUGCUUCACUAAUGUAUGCUAUUAACUGAAGGAUGAGUGCUGUACGCGACAUUUUGACUAAUAUGAUAAUAUAACUGAAAUAUGCAAGCCUUCAGACAUAUUUAUACACUACUUGGGGUCAUUGAGGUCAUAGUAUAAUGUGAUGUUUUUAUGACGUGACAUAUAACUUACUGUAGUAUAUCUGUUUUUGUUGUUAGAAGCCAAUCCUAGGUUUAUCUAGGUCAAAUCUUGAUAAAAUGUACAUAAAAACUUUUAUUACUUCUAA